AUGGGAUUGCAAGCUGUCUUUCAGCCUCAUGGUGACGAUGCAACAAAUAGCCUCACAGCUCCAUUGUUUGGACCUCCUCCGGCCCAGCAACCGAUGGGAUUGCAAGCUGUCUUUGAGUCUCAUGGUGAUGAUGCAGCAAAUAGUCUCACAGCUCCAUUGUCUGCACCUCCUCCGGCCCAGCAACUGAUGGGAUUGCAAGCUGUCUUUGAGUCUCAUGGUGACGAUGCAACAAAUUGGCUCACAGCUCCAUCGUUUGCAUUUCCUCCGGCCCAGCAGCUGAUGGGAUUGCAAACUGUCUUUCAGCCUCAUGGUGAUGAUGCAGCAAAUAGUCUCACAGCUCCAUCGUUUGCAUUUCCUCCGGCCCAGCAACUGAUGGGAUUGCAAGCUGUCUUUCAGACUCAAGAUGAUGGUGCAGCAAAUAGUCUCACAGCUCCAUCGUUUGCGGGUCAUGUUCCUUUGGACGGAGCCGAAGCUUUAAAUCCAGAGGCGUGGUUAGAUGGAAUUCCACCGAUAAUCAGCGGGGCUGUUGAUCUACAGAAUACCCAGCUGGCGCCUUCAGUUGCUGCCGAGCCGGAUGAUGAAGGUGCAUCAACUUCAGUUUUGGGAGUGGGGCUGCUUCCUCACUCUGAAGGCGUGGCAGAUGUGCCACCGAGUGUUCUCAACCACCCGUUUGUGCGGCUACCAAUUCUGGGCGAUGGAGUAGUUAUUAGACGUAUCAAGGUGGAGAAUCUCUUUAACCCGCAUCGAAUGAAAGUACCACUUUAUCUUGUCCUGCUCAAGCUGAAAAAGUUGUUUUCACAAGCCAUACUAAACCAGGAGGACGUGAACGCGCUCGUCACUGCGACAGAACACUUAAUAAGCACAGCAUGGCGCCAAGCACUGAAGGGUCCCCGGAAAAACCGGCCUGUGUGUGCUGCUGAAGCCUUUGGAUACUAUUUCUUGACAUUUGAUGCGCUUGUGUGUGUAUUUCAACUUUUGGGGAACAACAUGGAGCUUCACCUGUGGUGGGGCAAAUUCAUAGCUGCCUUUAACCACGAUCCUUCUUCGUUUAUGCGGCCCAUCGGCAGUCGAGCUGGAGGCGUUCACAGGAGGUUGGUACAACGAAUAUGUGCUGUGCUGGAGGUCUACAAAGCAGCAAAACGCCCAGCACCGAAGGAAGUUAUUGAACUCAAGAACAUGCUGUUUGGCUCUCCAAGUGCUCCUGGCGACUUCAAGGAUCGUAAAUGGGAUCCUUGGCGCAAGGAUGCAAAGGGUAUUUAG